GUCCAAUUUUAGACUAUCAUUUACAUGAUUGCUACCUAGCACUACCCACCCAAUAGCUCACUGAGCAGGAACAGCCUAACUGGUCAUUGACUCAUCAGAUCACACCUCAAACGCCGCCGUCACAACACCUUGUCCGCGAAUUUCUGGUCCCUAUAUGGAUCAGACCAGGAUGAUUUAGUCGUUCCAAGUGAUGACACCGUUGGUGGAGGCCUCGCCAGCCUCAGCCCGCUUAGCCUUCUUGUCGUUCCAGGUGAUGACGCCGUUAGUAGAGGCGUCGCCGGCCUCAGCACGCUUGUCGUUCCACGUGAUAACACCGUUGGUAGAGGCAUCACCAGCUUCAGCCCGCUUGUCAUUCCAAGUGAUGACACCGUUGGCUGAAGCAUCGCCUGCCUCAGCACGCUUGUCAUUCCAGGUAAUCACACCAUUGGCAGAUGCGUCCCCAGCCUCGGCCCUCUUGGCCUUCUUAUCAUUCCAAGUGAUGACGCCGUUGGCAGAGGCAUCACCGGCCUCAGCCCGCUUGUCAUUCCAGGUAAUGACGCCGUUGGUAGAGGCAUCAUGGUUCUCGUGGGCGAUAGGAACUGCCAGAACGGCGCUGGUGAAGAGGGUGAUAAGGGUGAACUUCAUGGUGGUGAUUUUGAGGGGUAGAGAUGGGUAUGGUAGGCUGGGUGUCUGGCUUGGAAUGCCUUGGUUUCGGAUUGACAAGAGAAGAACAGGUGAUCUCUAACAAGAGCAUCAAAGAAAUCGAACCACUUUGGCCGUCGGGCUACGGCCUGCUUAAAUGAGCGAAGUUCUCGACUAGUAGGUCAAUGGGACAUCGGGUAAGUAAGGUAAG